CAGCUGAUCUGGUUUGUUUUGAAGGAAAAUUGUUUUUUCUUUGUAAUUUUUUAGAAAAAAGCUUAAAAAUGCUAACUUCCAUGGUUAAGGAGCACCACAAGGAGCAGGUGAAGCGGAAACAAGAGCAGGAGGUGCGCCGCAAGGAGGCCAUAGAAGCCUCCAACGAGCUAACCCAAUCCCUGGUGGACACCCUUAAUGUGGGCGUGGCCCAGGCCUACUUGAACCAGAAGCGCCUCGACGCGGAGGCCAAGCAACUGCACAUGGGAGCCACCAAUUUUGCGAAGCAGACCCACCAAUGGCUGCAGCUUAUUGAUCAGUUCAGCAGUGCCCUCAAGGAGCUUGGCGAUGUGGAGAACUGGGCACGCAGCAUUGAGGGGGACAUGCAUGUGAUAAACCAGAGCCUGGAACUGGCCUACAAAGCCUCUCGAGCGGCGCAGACUGGCGCAGCAGGAGGGGCAGCUGCUGCAGUGGAAGCCUCCACUUCAUCGUCCGCUAACCCAAAUCCUAGCGCUACAUAACUACUCUUAGGUUUAUUCCCCUUUUCCAAAUAACUCCCUAGAUCCUUUCGCAUAACUACAUUAAUGGAUGUUUGGUUAUUACGCCUUAGGAAUUUGUAUGAAAUAGAUUUAAACUGUUUCCUACUACUAAUUAAUUGAAUUUAAGUAAAGAUAUUUAGCUUUCUUCACGAGAAAGCCUAUAAAAAAACGUGAUAACUCACUACUGUCACUCCGAACGACCAACUCAAUGAAUAAAGACCAAAAGCCUCAGCUUUCUGUACAAUUUCAA